CAUAUAUAAACAACCUUUCUUCACAACUUUAUUCCUACUUUCCUCGGUCUCAAGCAUCAAACAUGAAGCAAAAGAUAGUGAUCAAGGUGCAAAUGAAUUGUGAGAAAUGCAAAAUCAAAGCAAUGAAAAUAGUUGCAGCCACUGAAGGUGUCGAGUCUGUUAGUGUGGAAGGGAAGGACAAUGAUCAAUUGGUGGUGAUUGGAGAUCGUGUUGAUUCGACAACAUUGACGAGCAAAUUAAGGAAAAAAGUCGGACAUGCAGAGUUAGUCAGUGUCAAUGAAGUGAAGAAGCCCGCGGAGAAGCCGGUAGAGAAGGCAAAGCCUGAAAAAGUGGAAGUAGUACCUGAGAAGAAACCGAAGGUUGACAAUUCGGAGAAGUUUUACACUGGUUGCCCGCCUGCACAGGUCUUCGUCUAUGAAAGAGUCCACCACUGUGAAUGUGAAUCGAAUGCCGAUCCUUGCUCAAUCCUGUAAUGCAGUAAUUCAAGAAUUUCAAUUGUUAAACAAGUAUCACUUAAUGUAAUGCAGUGUUCCUGAACUAGAGUUAUGUGUAAAAAACUACAAAUAAAUUGAAGGAGAUGAAGUAGUUGUCGAGGACAGCUGCCACUCUUCUUCGCAUUGAUCAUAAGAUGAUUUGUACAAUGUGAACAAAUUAUCAUAAGAUAAAUGAUAUAUUUAUGGAUUAUGGUUGCCUCUUUAAGAUUCA